UCAACCGGGCGUGUUGGCAAAAACACAGGCUUCACUACGGACAGGAACACCCCAGGGUCGAUUCUUUCCUGCACCCCACGACUAACAGCAACACACCAUCAGGCAUCCCCUAAACGACCAAACUCACACAAACACCCAGAGGCUGCCAGGCGGGCAGGGACACACAUGCCCACCGGCACGCAGAGGUGCCUUGGCCAAGAUCGAGGGUCUCGCCCUUCUUAGGCCCCACCCUGCCUGGGCGGGGCUUACUGCCAAGCAAGGCUUAUAAAAGGAACUCAGGUCCUCCCGCGAACGCUCCUUCUCAGCCAGUCUCCCUGGCCGCCUCUGCUCUGUCCCAGAGAGUGCAAGAGUCUCUUACAGAGCAGCCCUUAGCCGACAGCUCGCCUUGAACCUGGCACUGCAGAGCACAAGUCAGUCCAUCAGCUACGUGGGACUUUGUGGUGUACCAGCCACCAGGUGUCAAGCCCGCAUCGCCACCAACCAACAUGGUGGGAGCACGGCCCCGCAGCCCACAAGACUAUCUGCUGCAAGAAGAACCCCAGCCGGCCAAGCGCCACUGUGUCCGUGGGCCGGACUGCCCGAGGUGGCUGGCAGAGCCAGACCUGGAAGCAGGUAACUCGACAACCGGGAAGGAGGUCACCUCCGUGGUGCUGGUGCCAGCUGGCUUCGCCUUGAAACUCCACCUGGAAGACAUGGACCUGCUGCUGGAGCCCGACCCAACCUCAGUCAAGCAAGUGUCGCUCCCUGGACACACCAUCAUCCUGAUCCCAGAGGGCCUGCAGGUACUCGAUGAGCCUGGACAGCCUGCAGUUGUGCCCCGAAGCCCGCAGGAGGCGCCUCUCCUGGAUGUGUCCCAGGAACACCAAGUCGUCCUGCAGGAGGAAUUUCUCAGUGCAUCUGGAUCACACAUGCAAGGCUGGGGAAACGCCUCUCAUCCACCUGAGGAUCCGAAAGAAGACUUCAGGAUGCCGUGGACGCAUGCUCCUGCCGACAUGGACACGGGGCCCCUGGGCCCCUACUCGCAGAUGUACAGCCCCUUGUUUGAGAGCCAAGAGCCUUGGCCCUGGGAUCCAUCCGAAAAUCCCGCUGCGGACAGAUAUGCUCCCUGGUCCAUCUGGAGCCUCAAAGACAGCACUCUGUGGCCUCUGCCCAGCUCCCCACUGCAGACUCUCCCUCCAUCUCCUCCAUCUCCUCCCACAAGUCUGCGAGCCCAGGACCCUGAGAGUCAUCACAAGCCUCCACGCUCUCCCUGCAAGGCCCGGAAGCGCCUCUUCGAGGAAACAAAGGACCCUUUCCCCGACAUACAGCACCUUGGACACUUACUUCCCUGAACGCCUUAUGGGACUCAUUUCCAGUGUGCCUCGAGACACCCAGGAGCCGAUCGUUGGGACCGUGGGCACACAAGCACUUUCUCGGCGACACACUGUGGAUGGGAGAAGACAGUCUUCAAGAUUUUCGGGACACUAGAUCAAGCCCCUAAAGCUGAAAAGCAGCCUUCGAGAACCAGAAGACCAAUUCUCCAAUUCAGGCCUUCAUCUCCAAACCUUCCACAGCGCCCUCCUCGCCUGGCUCACUGCCUCCCUGCAAGAACAAGGCCUGCACAGAGAAACCCUGUCUCAGAAAACGCAUCAACAAACAAACAAACAAACGAACACCAAAGACAGCGCCUGAAGAAAGCACCUUAGAACACGCUUGGGGACGUAGGCCAUUGCUUCCCAGCCCUUGGCAAGUACAACCUACCAGAAUUCUGCCAAGUCCACCUUGCUCUCCAACAAAGAAAUCUCUUUACAUGUCUUGUUUUCCAAAUAUUCUUUUGCAAAGCAAUGUUUGUAAUCCCAACAUUACUUACUAAUUAAAUAAGAUGGUACAACCUAGAAA